AUGAAUACAGGUGUCAAGCGGUCCCUGUUCACCAAGCCCGCAUGGGCCGCCCCAGCGGCGUCCUCGUCCAAGAUUGAGGACGACGGCUCUGUUUUCGGACGAAACGUAGCCUACGAUGACAUUGUACAAGCCGAACAAGCGAAACGGGAGAGAAAGGCGGCCAAAGCCAAGUUGCACGCGGACAAGGGCAAGAGUGUCAGCCCGUCCACAAAGAGGAGAAGAAUCUCUGUGGAAAAAGACAACGAGGCAGCGUCGGGCAGUGGGUCGGAUACCGGAGUUGCCUCGAGGAGGAGAGCAAGUGAUAAAAGCCGUCGAGGGCGAGAUAGGCCUGUGACACGCAGCACUCCAUGGAAGGAUAUGACACUCGAAACUGGGUCGUUGAGUCGAUCGCCCACGAGGUCUUCUCGUUCGCCGCGGACAGGGCACCACGCAACUUCUGCUGUCGCCAGUAUCGCAGUAGACGAGGAUGAAGAUGACGCGCUGGUGAUGCUGACUCCGUCAAAGCCUAAGAAGACUGCUCCUACCAGACCGACAGCGAGCCUUCCAGUGGACGACGACGAAUCUGACGAAGAAGAUGAAUACCUACGGGACUUGAAGCAAAAGGCUCGCGAAAAGAUUCGCCUACAGCGAUUGGGCCUUGAUCUAGACAGAGCGCAAAGCCCACUCACAUCGACUUCGUCUGCUCCCACCAUCCCAAGAGGUCUGUCGACUGAACAAAGCCAAAGCCGACCGGUUUCAGCCAGUUCGGGUCAAGAUUUUGGCCGGGCGACGCCUGCAUCUGAGCAGGAGGACGAUCCUCAGGUCAAGAUACUCAUACAAUCAGACAUCCCAAACACGAAUCCGCUGAUUGUCAGACGUAAAGCGUCGCAGUCACUCAGACAGGUCAGGGAAUACUGGUGCAAGAGGUGGCAGCUCGACGAUUCCGUUUCCAGGAAAGUCUUCUUCACGUGGCGAGGGACGAGACUUUUUGACUCUACCACCAUGCGAGGCAUCAUCAAGAAGCUGAAAAAGGACCAUCGGCAGCAAAGUACCGGCUUGGAUGAGGGUGACGAUAGCGAGGAUGAUGGUGAUGAGGAGGAAGAGGAUGAUCCGAGCAGUGGGAACAUCUUGCUUGAAGCUGUGACCCCAGAGAUCUACGAAGAAAAGCUGAGGCAGAAAGAGCAGCGGCAGAAUCGAGCUUCUGCCGACGAAGAUCCAGAUAGUAGUGAGGAGGCAGCUGUUUCUUCGCGUGCGCAAACGGAUGAUCGCGACACAGCAGGCUCCAUUGUCAUCCGGCUCGUCAGCAAGGCCCAUGAGCCCUUGCAGCUACGGGUGCGGCCACAUACGACCGUGGGAAAGAUUAUGCGCGGCUAUGCGGCGACCAAGAAGUUGGACGACGGCAAGACUCCAUGGCUGGUUUUCGACGGCGACCGGCUAGAGCCUGAGGCCACGGUUCAAGAUGUCGGCUUGGAGGACGAAGACGAAGUGGAGGUGAAUAUCAGGUAG